AACAACUAAUGAUGAAAGGGUAGUUCCGUCAACAAUCACAUUGUGUGCAACAAGUAUGGAGUAGUGGACCACUACUCUAUUAACAUGUAGAUGUAGUCGUAAACCCCUUCGAACACCUUUUCACUCUUCCUCUUUCUCUCUCUAAUCCGACAACCGCCAUCAUAAAAUCGACGAUACAGAAGGCAAAGUAAUAUGGGAAGAGGAUCAAAAGAGCGGUCCAAGGAGCGUCGUGAAAGUAGGCUCCAAGAAAUAUCUCUGCUUCACACCAUUCCCUAUUCCAACAAUCAGCGGUGGUGGAGUUCUGAAACUAUUGCAGUAGUGACUGGAGGUAACAGAGGAAUUGGCUUUGAGAUCAUUCGGCAACUUGCUAGUCAUGGAAUGACAGUUGUACUUACUUCAAGAGACGCUGGAGUUGGUAUCGAGGCUGUAAAGGUUCUACAGGAGGUUGGCCUAUUAGUGGAGUUCCAUCAAUUGGAUAUUGUUGAUCCUCAAUCCAUUAAGGAGUUCGCUGAUUGGAUCCAAGUAACUCAUGGUGGCUUGGACAUUUUGAUAAAUAAUGCAGGUGUUAAUUUUAAUGUUGGAUCGGAGAACUCGGUUGAAUAUGCAGAACAGGUUAUUAAAACUAAUUAUUAUGGCACGAAGAAUCUGAUUGAAGCAAUGAUCCCUUUGAUGAAGCCUUCUCCUUCUGGUGCCCGUAUUGUUAACGUCACCUCAAGGCUUGGCCGAUUAAACGGCAGAAGAAAUAGGAUUGAAGACGUUACCUUAAGAGAACAACUAUCUAAUGAUGACUUGCUUACAGAGGAAUUAAUUGACAGUAUGCUGAAAACCUUCCUGCAACAAACAAGAGAUGGCAGCUGGACAAUCGGUGGGUGGCCUCAAAAUUUCACCGACUACUCGAUGUCAAAGCUUGCAAUUAAUUGUUACUCUAGAUAUUUGGCAAGAAAACUGUCCGAUCGACUAGAGGGUGAAAAAAUAUGCAUAAAUUGUUUUUGUCCUGGCUGGGUAAAAACCGCCAUGACAGGUUGGGCUGGUAAUUCAUCUGUUGAAAUUGGGGCUGACACUGGGGUUUGGCUUGCGUUGCUCCCUGGACAGCCAAUCAAUGGGAAGUUUUUCGCUGAAAGGCGUGAAAUACACUUCUAAGAAACUCUGGCUACACCUCGAAGGUAUUAGAUUUAGUUUCUGUUGGUAGAAUUUAUAUUUUUCAAGAUGAAGUUACUACUUAUUACAUUAGAGAACAAGUAACAUCAAAUUAUUCAUAAAUUAAUCAGGCAUACUCGAUUGGUUGAGGUGAUAUGAUAAGCAUGGUCUUCACUGAACAGAAUUUUGGAUGAUGACUGCUUUUAUCUUUUACAGAAAUAAAAGAAGUUUCUGCCUCCUUUUCAAUCUCACCAAAUUUUCAACUCAGAGGUGCUCUACCAUUUAUUUGUUGUUGAGAAUGCGGAAAAGCGCUAUGGUUUGCUUUACUUUUGCUUUGGGAUUAGCAUGUAUUGAGGAUAGGUGUCUGGCUGUACAAAGUUUGCAGCUGUUCUUUCGGAAACAUGUACUACUGUAAUCUGUACAAAAUUGCUUUUGGUUGUCAUUUUCUGCGUUUCUGAUAUUCACAUUGUAUGUUCUCUUUUCUCCGUUAUUAGAAGACAGUGACAUUGUAAUGCCACAUUUGGUUGAUACUGUGCUUUAUAUGAGUUGGGAGCGAGCUGUUUCAUUCCUCAA